CUUUGAACGUACUGAAACUUUUCGGGUCCCACCCUGGCGUGGGUGCAGAAAAAGCCUCCUGACCUCAGAUACUCCUUUGUCAUUUUUCAUGUAUGGACUGAGUCCUGAUCAUAACUGUAUGAUGGUAGAUUUCAUUGAGGAGUGGCCACCAACAAAAUGGAAAUGAAAGAUAUUGCUAAACACAAGACACUAUGGAAAAUGAACUCAACCAGUGAGCCUUUAUUACUUGCUGGUGUAGAAGUCAAUCCUUUGAAGAAAUUCACUAUUCCCAAGAUCAGGAGGGCAGCUGGGAAAGCUUACUUGUCACCUUGUUGCACCAACACUAGAGAGUAUAGUUUCAUACAUGAUACUCUUAACCAGUGCCGGCUUGAUGUAGGCUGUGAUCUACAAUCAUCAUGGCAGUUUGGGGAUACAAAACUGGUUCACAAUGAGGAUCUGGAAAAAAAAUUUACUUCUAAGAGGUCAGAGAUGCGUGAGAGUGGAAGACAUGGCAGAGAACUUGAAGAACAUUUCUGCUUUUUAGCACUUACUCAGAAUGAUGUGGCUGAAAUAUAUCAAAAUGGGAUAAGUACCAGAGCAUCUACAUUCAAGAUAUUAGGAAAUCCUCUUCUUGGAAUUUAUGUAUUUAGACAUGUUGACAUUGCUUUGAAUUAUGCUCACAGUAAAAGCAUUACUGUAGAAAGUAUUAUAAUUUUUAAGGUUCUCUUUGGAAAAGUGAAGAAAAUUCGGCCUUCAUUGGAUAAAAACAAAGUUUCUUUGGAUCCUUCUCCUAACUUUGAUUGCCACAUGUCAAGAAGUAUACCUUCUCUGAAAGAUGCCAUUGAGUUACAAGCCUACAAUUCAGCAGUAUACUUCUAUGAAUACAAUGUUCUUUCAAAGCCAGUAGAUAAACCUAGGCAUUGUCUUCCAUAUGCAACAGUAACUGUAAAAUUUAUUGGCCAAAAAGUAGAUAGUGGACACCUUAUUACAUCUUUGAGGUUCCUUUCAACAGGAUUUCCUAAGAGGGCUGAAAGAACCUGCUCUCUGAAUAACUGUACAGUUGCCAAAAGAAUUGGAAAAGGAAAAGAUGCUACUGUUAUCUUUGAACAUUUCAGGAAACCUGUAGAUCCAUUUGUUCAGGAAAACUGUUCUUGCGGCGCACUAAAUUCAGAGAUAAAUCCUUCCAACACAAAUAUUUCUAAUUCCUAUGGAAAUGUGAAAAAUGGAAACAUUUCUAUAUAUGAAACAUACGGUGGACAGAUGGAGCACAAUUUAGCAGAAUGUGGAGACACUUCUUGUAUAUAUGAUUCAGGUCUUUCAUUUAUUCCCAGUGAUACCAGAGAAAGUGUUAAUGGUGACCCCAUGUUAAAUUUGGCACAUCUCAAAAAUACUUUAAGUGGUCUUUCUGCUGCUUUCCCCCUUCAUAACAAUACUGGCUCAAGCACAGUUAUUACUUCAAAACUCAUUAAAGACCCAAGACUGAUGAGGAGAGAAGAAAGCAUAGGAAAACAUAAUAAUAUUACAGAUUUAAAUGAGAUUUUGCCACUUGAGAAGAGUUUAGAUUUUGUGAAUUCAGAAAUAAAUCUAUCAUCCAUGCCAAAUAAUUCUGCCUCCUCAUCUGAAGUUGUGCCUGGUGAUCAUUCUGUUCUUACUAAUUGUUUGGAUGCCCCUAGCUUCAAAAUUUCUUUUGAUGGUUCACAAUCUCAAGCUCACAACUUGGACUUUAACAACUAUGAUUAUACAAUUCCCAGUAAAAUUACCCCAGCAGGACAGUGUAAGGGCCAAGAUAAUUUUUCCUUUCCAAUGUGUUUGCCAAAUGUAGUUUCAGAAGUUGAGAACCAAAAACACAAUGAGGAAGAAGCCCAGAGAUCUGAACUGAGAAGCAACAUCCCACUUUUAAUUGAAGACAACAGUGAAGCACAUGACUCUUAUGAAUCAGUGAAUAUUUGUACAAAAGGGCACAGUAAUCACAUCUCUCUGGAGUCAUGGUCUUCUAAUUUAGAAACUGUAUCUCAGACUGGUCAGCAAAUGUCUACAGCUUUUCCUCUCCAAAGGAAAGAAAGCAUACAUGAGUACACCCAAAAUAUUGGAGAAAUGAGAGACUUCACUGGCCCCGAAGAUAAUUCCAAACAUGGAGAAAAGCAGGUUUUGUGGAAGGAAAUUGAUUUUACUAAGGAAGCAAAAGUCAGUCCAGUAGAUAAUUAUAUUUCUUUGUACCAAGAAUACAAUGAGGAUGAGAGUCUUGAUUCUUAUGGGAAAAAUUGUGAUCAAAUAUUAAUUGCUCAAGAAUUAGAAAUACAAAAAUCUUCCACAUCUACCACAAAGGAUGAAUAUGAGCUAGAUCAUCUAAGUUUGGAAUUACAAAGAGUGGAGCGCCUUUCACAGAAGCAUCCUCAACUCUCUUUAGAUUAUGAAGAUAACAUUCAUACAAGUUUUGCAAUUUCUCAAAAACUAAUGGAACUAAAACUGGGAAAACCAAAUCAAAACUGUGUUAGCAUUGUGACUGAUGCUUUCCAGGAAGCAAAAGACAUUCCCCAGGUCAAAGAACUGCCAAUUGAUGCAAUUAUUUCAUCUCAUGACAUUAAACCAACUCAUGACAACUCAGAUUAUAACAUAACUGGAGAAUAUGUAUGUGUCCAUGGAAGAAAGGAAAAUGACCCAGUGUCAUUAGAGAACAUACAAAGAGACUGUGGAGAAACUUUUCAAAUUGAUGAAGGUCAUACUCUGUUCUGUAAUGCAGAGUUGCACAGUGAUACACACCUGAAUAUUGAUUUCAGAGAACAAGGAGAUAAUGAUAAAGAAAAUGAAAAUGAGGCUAAAGAGGAAGACAUUGCCUUGUCUACAGAAAGCAGAGAAAAUAUAUAUGGAGAGGAGAAGCAGGGUUUUCAUACAAACCAAAGUUACACCAACGUAGAUGAAAGAAGGGAGAAUAAAAAUUACAACAAUGUAGAAAUUCUUAGUUCUGAAGAAUGUUGUACAUUUAAUUUGAGUUCGGGGGAAAGACAUGUGUCAACAGAAGCUACAUUGUUAGAAAAUGAAGACACUAUGACUGCCACACAACAAAAAGAUGCUCCAAAUACUGGCAGGACUGUAGAGCAUUUGGCUUACACAGCAUUUCCCAAAGUUGAAGGGUCUUCAGAACAUGAAGCCUCAAGUACUGCAGUGCAGACAGCUGGUGCUACGGUGCCUACAUUGGGCACAAAUCGUGAAGAUCACCAAAGAUACCAGAUUAAAGAAACUUGUUCUUCUGAGAGUCUAGAUUUUGGGUUGUUAGUAAAACAUAGGGUUUCUGAUUGUGAAAUGGAUAUGGAUAACAAUAAAUUACAUGACUCAUUUCAUCAGUCAGUAAGUGAUACUUCAGUUCUUCAGAGUUUCAAAUUGGAAAAUAAGAUUGAAGUAGGAUUGGAACAGUGUGAUGAUGCUUUUCUAAUUCAACAACAUAGCCAUAGAAAUGAUCCAUGUGAAGAAUUUAGGGCCAUAUAUGAAACUCUGAAGUCUCGUAUUGAUUGGGAAGGUCUACUAGGAAGCAAUAAUGGGGAGAGGGAAGUUUCGAAAAGCUCCAGAAGAAACGAGAAUAGUGAUCAGCAUUACCCUAAGAAAAGUAUUUGUUUUUAUCCCUCUACAGAAAAAAACAAAGGAGAGCUCAAUCCAAUUUUACUUCCAGAUUUACAAAUUAGAAUCACUAAUACAUUUAUGCCAGGAUUCAGUCCCACUUUUGAAUCCCUUGCAUUGAAAGAUAAUUUUUGCAAAUACAUAACUAAAACCACAGGACCAGAAAUAAAUGAGGAGGGGAAAGUGUCAGGAUUUGAAAUGUAUUCCCACUGCUCUGGUGAAAAUUCAGGUUAUCCAUGUGAAGAUGAAUUUGGUAAUAGAAGGCAAGAAUCAGGACUAGUGAAUAAGUCUGAAAUUGCUCUUUCUCUUGAUGCGAGUCAUAAUACACAAGUGAAUCAUGUGUCUGAAAAACAAAACAGUGGACCUUUGCCUACUGAACCCUCUAAUGUCACAGCAUUAAAUAAUGAAAGCAGAUGUUCCUUGACAGGGUCAAAAACUGAUUGCAAUGAUAUUACAAGUAAAAAGGACACACAAUCAAGAAUUAGCAAAAGAAAGCGACAUAUGCCUUUUAGGGACCAGAACACACCACAUAAGGAUUUAAGACGUCGUGAAAUUUAUGGGAAGAAGAGGAGACUAACCAGUCUAGACUCUUCUGAACAUUUUUCUUCAUUAUCCCAAGGACGAAUCAAAACCUUUUCCAAGUCGGAAAAACACAUCAGGAGUGUCCUUGAUAUUCUAAAUAGUGAAGCAUCUUUAUGCAAAAGCAAACGUCUUUCCAGAAGACUUGACAGAGCUGUUCUUCAUUUAAAAAAAGCUCAUAGAAGAGUUCACACGUCUUUGCAACUUAUAGCUAAAGUAGGAGAAAAAAGAAAAGGCCCGUUACCAAAAUCAUAUGCAAUAAUAUGCAAUAAUUUCUGGGAAAGUUGUGACCUUCAAGGUUAUAGCUCUGUGUCUGAAAGAAGAUAUUAUUCCACUAAACAUUUUUUGUCAAAAAGAAAAUACGGCAAACCAGAAGAGAAAAGAGCUUUGGGAUUUGAAGUGGAUAAAUCAUUAACUCAUGUAUCAAAGCCCAAGUCUUUCAAACCAAGUAGAGCGAGAAUCACAGAAUGCAUUUCUAAGAGAAAUAUGGCCAGCAGUGUCUCCAGAAGUCACACCACCAUUCAUGUAAGGGAAUUUUGUGAUCUCGAGUAUCCUGAGUCACAGUUAGCCCUGUGCUCUACAUCCCAAAGUGCCAGUCAUUCCGCUUAUAACAAGAGCCGGGUGAGAAAUCGAAGAUCAUCAGAACUUCAGCUGUUUUCUGGAAAAACUGGAUGUCUAUUUUCCCCAGCCUGCCCAGAUGCAAAAAUAACUGAAAAAGAAAAUCAAGUUGGCAUAAAGUUUUUAUCAAACAUUAAUAAAUAUGAAAAUCCUGAGAACCACUCAGCACACAAUAAUAUUAAGGAUGCAGAAAACAAUUCCAAGACUAAUAAAGUAAUAAAUAAGAGUAAUUCAGUAUCAUUAAGUUGCAUAAAAGAAGACAAAGUAAGUUUUAGCACAGACACAAGUUAUAAUGCAACCUGUAUAACACACACAAAGGUAAAAACUGACAUAGUUAUUUCAGUUUUAGAAUCAGAUAUCAAGCACCUUUUAAAUGUUGAUGUCUGCACACCAGAUAACCUUAUUUUAUCUGAUUGUAAAGGCAACCUGGAAGUAAAUUUGCCUGUAGAAGAAUGGACAGCUGCUAAUCAGAGCUCCAAACCAGGCACUGUUCCAGAAAACUUCAUUAAGGACCCAUUAAAUCUAACUUUGAUAACACACAAAAAUUCUGACAGUAUUCCUCAAUUGUUAUCAACCACAGCAGUGACAGACAGUGAAGGAGAAUCUUCAGAAUCUUAUUUGGAUAAACAGAGAGUUUUUGCUGUAGAUUCCUUUACAACAUCCACCAGUGUACCACACUGCCAGCCAGGAUGUGGUGGAAAGGAACUUCUAAAGACAGAACAAUGUUCUUCAAGUAAUUGCUUCCAUAUAGAUGGGAAUGAAUCACAUGUUCUUGAGGAUUCUGAGUUGGGUCUCAGAUUAGUAACUGAAGAAAGUAAAAGUUGUAGGAAAAAUACAAUGAAGGAACUAUUUUCCAAUGAUAGUUAUUUGCUCUUAAAAGAUAAUAUGAAGGGUUCUUCAAAAAAGUGUAUGGCAAAUAAAGACAUUUGGGACAGAAAAAUGUGGAAAGUUAAACAAGCAGAAAAAGCAAGAGAUUCACUUCACAAAAAAAGCAUGACUGAAGGAUGCACUGUUAAGACUCAGUUCAAAAAUCAAAAGAACAAGAUCUUAGAAGAAUCCUCCUACUUAAGCAAGAAAACAAUUAAAAAUAACUUGAUUGAUUCUCAUCUAAACGUUGAAAACAUUACUGAGGCAGUCGCUUUGAAUAACCCAGUUUCUAAUCAUCUCAACAAAAGAGAGAAAGAAGGGGGAGUUAAAGUUAGUAAUGACCCUCAGUCUGACUCUGCAUUGCAUUCGGAAAUAGCCUGUAAUUCCAAACCAGGCAUUAUAGGAAUGAAUCAUAUUCCUGUUUUACAUACUGACUCUCAAACUUCUGAAGUCUCUACUCCUGAGAAGAAGCCUGCAUCAUACAUGAGUGGAUUAAAAGAGAAACACUGCUCAGCUAAUCAUUCAGCUCUUACAGCCAGGCUAGCUCAGAUUUUGAGAAGGGCAGAUGAAACAUCAUCUUUGCAGAUUCUACUGGAAGAAACUAAGGCCUGUCAAAGUAUUCUCCCUUUAUUUGUUGAAGCUUUUGAAAGAAACCAAGAAUGUUCUCUUGAACAAAUCCUGAUUUCAAGAGAACUAUUAGUAGAACAAAACCUGUGGAAUAAUUGCAGACACAAAUUAAAGCCAUGUGCUGUUGACUCCUUGGUAGAACUCCAAAUGAUGAUGGAAACUAUUCAAUUCAUUGAAAACAAAAAAAGGCUCUUAGGAGGUGAGCCAACCUACCGAAGCUUGCUUUGGUAUGAUGAAACACUGUACAGUGAGCUGCUUGGUAGACCACGUGGAUUUCAACAACAAUCCAACUUCUAUCCUGCUUUUCAAGGAAGAUUGAAGUAUAAUGCAUUCUGUGAGUUACAAAACUAUCAUGACCAGUUAAUUGAAUUAUUUGAGGAAACCAAAAGGGAAAAUAAUUCAUACUAUGCAUUCUUAAAAUACAAACGACAGAUUAAUGAGUGUGAAGCAGUAAUGAAGCGUUGUUCUGAUUGCUUUGACUUUUCUCUUUCUGUUCCAUUUACCUGUGGAGUUAACUUUGGAGAUAGUUUAGGAGACCUAGAAACCUUAAGAAAAAGUACUUUAAAGCUGAUUGGUAUGUAUGGGGACUCUCCUAAAGUUGAUUCCUAUCCAGGAAAACAAGACCAUUUGUGGAUUAUCAUAGAAAUGAUCACCUCUAAAGUUAAUUUUAUUAAGAGCAGUGAGGCAAUAAGUAUUAAAAUAUCUCUUUAUGGUCUGGAACAUAUCUUUUUUGAUGCUGCAAAAAGUCUUAUUUGGAAAGAGAAGAGAGAAUCUUUCAGCAAAAUAUACUCAGGAGAGAAGAAUAGAGAAUUGCUACUCAAAAUGAAUCAGUGUGCUUUUUCUAAGUUGAAAAAGAUAUAUGAUACAUUGUCUAAGGAUUUAAGCAGUGAACAGAUUUCUAAUACUGGGCUUGAGAAUAUGGAGAUUGCUUCCAGAAAGUCAGAUGAUCUAAUAAACAAAGCACCAGUUACCCUAGAAAACUGUGGGUUUAACAGUACUUUGCUUUCACACCCAGAUAUCUGUUGUAUUAGCGAAAUACUAGAUCAAGCUGAAUUUGCAGACUCUAAGAAAUUACAGGACCUCACUUUGAGAUGUACCGAACACCUAGAAAUUUUAAAAAAAUACUUUCAGAUGCUGCAAGAAGAGAACAUAGAUAACAUUUUUAUCACAGAAGAAAACGCUUUGGACAUGGUGAAAAACCACAAUCAUGGGGCCAUAAUUUUAAAGCCUGCAGCCAUUGAAACCUAUAUUGAAAUUGUCAUGCUUUCAGAAACCAUUCACUUUCUUAAAAACUCAAUGGCAAAGAAACUAGACAAACAGAGGUUUCGAGGUAUGCUUUGGUUUGAUUUGUCACUUCUUCCUGAGCUGGUUCACUGCCAGGAAAAAAUGGCUUCUUUUUCAUUUCUUAAAGAUAACUCAACAGAUUGCCUUUGGAAAGUCAUAGAGACUGCUAUUUCUGAACUUAAGAAAGAUCUGGAUAUUAUUUACAAAUAUAGUGAAGCUGUUAAUUGCUCAUACGCUCUUCAUUUGCUCUCAAGAGAACUUCAGGAACUUACAGAAAUACAAAAACUUCUAAAGAAGUCUCAGUAUUCCGUUUCCACAUAUAUUGACUUUGUGCCAUGUAUAGCAUCCAUAAAUUACGGAAGCACAAUGACAGAGUUGGAAUACAGCCACAACCAGUUUUCUGCACUGCUCAAAAAUAUAAUGGCUGCCCCUCGGAAAGAUUUCGGGAAAAUGGCCCAUAUUAUGAAAGUCAUGAAAACUAUUGAACAUAUGAAGAUAAUAUGUACUAAAAAUGCUGAAUUAACCAUUUCCUUUAUUUUGUGCCAAAUGCUACAUAACAGAAAGAAGACUUCCCAACUGCAGGGAAAAGAAAAAACGAAUGUGCAUGUAAAACCUAGGAAGGAUAGCAAUAAAUCUAGUAUUUAUAUGAAGGUGCCCUCAAUUUCAGAGUGCAUAAUGAAAACUGUUUCAAAUUCUUCUGAAAAACGAUCUAUCACUGUAGACAAAUGUGGAGACCCUCAAAAACGACAGAAAAACACUACUGUUUCCAGCUGUAAAAAACAAAAGGUUGACAUAAAAGAUGUCACAAAAAUCAACAGAGAAAAGGCAACAUUCAAGGAUUCCAGGACUACAAGAUCUCAUCUCGAAAGUGAAAGUGAAAUAGGACCGAGUUCAUCUGACAAUCUGAAAAGAAACCAUGUAUCUCCAAAAAGGGCUGAAAUGGAAAGAUCACUACUUGGCUCACUUUUACCUUUAAAGAACUUAAAAGACACUUGCAUAUCAAAGUCAGAGGGCAAAAUAGAUUUAACUAAUAUUUCAUCUCAUACUUCAGAAGAUUUCACUGGACAACAGGGAGACUUAAGUAGCAUGAAGAAAAGGGAUGUGAAUUUUAGUGCUGCUGAAACAAAGAGUGAUAAGAAAGAUUGUUUUGUGAGUUGUGAACAAAAAAGUGUAGACGGCAUAUUUAGGGACAUCCCUGCCAAUUUAGAAACAAGUAACACUGUCUUUGAACUUCAAGAUCAUGAAAUAUUAAAUUCAUCUAUUAAAAAUUCUGCAUGCACCAAUCCUUCAGAAUCCAAAUUUAUCCAGGACAAAUUUCCUGUUCUUCAAGUAAAUAAAACACAGCCUGCAAAAACUGAGUUAAAAGGAAAAUGCAUGAAGGAUACAUUCAGUCCCAAUACUAUACCUGUUGGAGCAUCUGGGAACAUAACCCUCAGUGUAAAUCAAACCACAGAACACUCUUUUUCUGAACAACAGAAUAAUGAAAAUUCCAAAGUCCUAACUCAGAAUGCUGCAGCGUGUUGGAACGAACUUCCACAGUCUGCAUGUACCCCAAUAUAUAAUUCUUCUCAGCACCCGUUUGGAACUUCAUAUCCUUACUACGCAUGGUGUGUUUAUCAUUACAGCAACAGCAGUGGCAGCUCCAUUACCCAGACAUACCAUGGGAUAACAUCAUAUGAAGUACAGCCGCCUCCUUCUGCGAUGUUGACUGCAAUUGCAAGUACCGUCCAAAAUGCACAUUCUAAUCUUUUGUACUCUCAAUAUUCUGGUUACUUUUCUGGGGAGCCACAAGCAAACGACUUGGUGCCAGUGAAUGGGCAUUUUCAAUCUCAAAUGCCUGUUUCUUAUCAUUUUCAGCAGCCGAUUUUUUCACAGUAUGCUCCCCAUCAAGCGUUCCCACAAGCUGCAUACCCUUACCCUCCUGAUUCAGGUGUGCUUCCACAAGUUCCUUGGACUUACGUUCCAUGGCAACAAGAACCGUUUCAGCCAGGACAAUGAAAAAAAGUCUUCUGUCUACUGAAAUAAAGGGGAUUUAACAAGUUUUUCCAAGCAUUUUUUACUUAACUUUUUUAUAUAUGUAAAUGUGGUAGGAAAUAUAAACCAUAUAGCCCUUUAUAAAAUGUUUAAAUGUAACAGCGUAUCAUAGAAUGUAAUUGGAAAAUUUCUGACAUCUAAAAUACCAAAAUUAGUUCCGUGCAAUAUUUUAGUGAACUGUACUAGGCUAUUUUCAAUACCUAUAUUUUCAAUAGGCUAGUAUUUUCAAUAGGUUAAUGUUUCAAUAUCAGAAACAUUAACAGUAUUUUGAAAUUUAUAUUUUGAAGUGUUUCUAUCACAACUGUUAACAGCUUAUAUAAACAUUCUUUUGAGAUUAGUCUAAUGGAGUAAGGAGAGUAAAUGUAACAUUUAAUAUGAUUAAAGUUAAGCAAUAGUAGUAAAAUCUUCAAAGUAAGAUUUUUGUAAAGUCUGAUAUUUUUUGAUAUAUUGUUUAUGGUAACAUUGUGCCAUUUACCUUAGAUUAAAAAAGGAUUUUUUUACUUUAAUUGAUCGAUCAAACCAAUAAUUUUAUGAUUCUUGAUACUUCAUAUAAUUUACAAUUCUGUGUCUAAUGCAACAAAUUCCUUUAAUUUCAAUAUUUUCAAUUUUUACUUACAAUCUAUAUUUUAAUAGGGAAUUUGGUUUGCAUAUUUUCUGUGUUUGUCCUUGAGUAGAGAUUUUUUAAGUUUUUAUGUUUGAAGUAGUUUUAUAUCAUAUUGAAAUUAAAGCACAUUUAGCACCUUUUCUAGUGAGCCCUUUCCACAAGAUUAUUUCUUUUGUAUUGUAUUUCACAAUUCAAACUUUUUUUAAAAGUGAUUUUGUAGCAAAUAAUAAGGGCUAAUUUCUUUAGCUUAUGCCAUUAGUUUAGUUGUAUUUUAGUGAUUUAAAUAAUGCAGCACAUAGAGUUUUUUAAUCCUGUGGUCAUAGAUUUUUUUUUUCUUUUUCCAGCACUCCACAAAAGCAAAAAAUGUCUCAGUAAUAAUCAUCGUAGAACAGGGGUGUAGUGUAUAACUAUGGUCUUCAGCACUCUCUCUGCCCACUGACAUCCAUUCCUGUUUUCUGUAAGAUUGCAGCUAGAAAGAUCCCUCUCGACCUGACCUUUCCCCAAGUGCUAGUGGGCCCAAAAAACGUGACACAGACUUUUCAUUGACUAAAUCUAAUAGACAGCAGAGCCUCAGAGUUUUCUCAGACUUUUUAUGUGAGCAAACUUUUUAUGCUAUCUAGCACAGGCCUCCAAAAAGAGUAUAAUUCAGCCAAAUUUAUUGUAGAAUAACUAAUUUUUCAAUUUAGAAAAACAGUAAGAACUCCCAGGGUAAGCCUCCCAGAGUAACCAAAUAGGAGAGAAUUCAGAUUACUUAGGGUUCUUUUCUAACAAGGGGAAAGUAAAGAGGAAAAGUCCAGCCAAGACUGCAACUGAAAGAAAGAAGGAAUCUGGAGACUACAGAAUUAAAGUAAUAUCAAAAUAAUACAGGUGGGGGAAGGGGGGUGUUGUCCAUACAGUUGUUUUAUUUGAAAAUAGUCUAAAAUUCUGAACUCCUGAACAGGUAUUAAAACAGUAAUACUAACAUUCAAAAAACGACUUUGUCUCAGUCAUUUGAUUUAUGCUUGGUUAUUGAAAGAUGUUACAAAUUUAUUACUAAAAAUGCCUCUAUUAGGUAAACAAGAAGUUAAAUGUUAAAAGGAUGCUUUCUUUAAACAACAUUCAGAUUCUGUUGAUACUGUCUUGUGAUAUUUUUAUUUCAUGAGUUUUAAUUUCUUCCAAAAAAAUGAAAAACACAUAUCUAAACAUUCAGUUACAUUUUAAAAUCUACACUUUGAAACAGAGCAUAAAAACUGUAGCAUUUUCUUUUUUCCCCCUCUCAAAUACGUGCUUUGGUCCUAAAAGUAAAAGAGCAAAUUAAAAUUUGAGCAAACA